AUAAACACGGGCGACGGAUCGGACGAAGCAAAUGCUUCGCUCCCGAUCAAGAAUUGUAUUAUUUUAGGUUUAGAACAAUAGGCCUCUAAAGAGGUUUAUUUCUUUCCAACUUCAGCUACAGUGAUAGCUAAGUUUGGAGAGGAGAAAAGAGGUGAUAUCCGUGUUGUUCGUAGAAUAUAUGUAUAUAUGUGCAUUUUGUCGAAGAUUAUUUGACAUCUCCCUCGAAGGAAUAAACACCGCGGCAAUCCUGCAUUAUUUUUAGAGGAAAAUAUAUUCUAAACCUGCUCGGAAUGGAAAAAUCAACAUCUAAGAAAUCGUAUUGUGACACUGUUCGUAUUUUUUUUAAAUCUUCGAAGUUCCUUAUCUACCUGGGACAUGCACUUUCAACAUGGGGGGACCGUAUGUGGAAUUUUGCCGUCGCCGUGUUUCUCGUGGAACUUUAUGGCAACAGCUUACUGCUGACCGCUGUGUAUGGACUGGUGAUCGCAGGGUCCGUCCUGCUGCUGGGCGCCAUUAUCGGGGACUGGGUGGACAAAAACCCCCGCCUGAGAGUGGCCCAGACUUCACUGAUUGUCCAGAACAGCGCCGUUAUCUUGUGUGGCAUCCUACUGAUGGUCGUUUUCCAGUACAAAGAACAACUAACUAUCCUCUACAACGGAUGGUUGCUUACAUCAUGCUACAUUUUAGUCAUCACCAUCGCCAACAUCGCAAACCUGGCCAGCACUGCCAUGUCUAUCACCAUCCAGAGGGACUGGGUGGUGGUGGUGGCCGGCGACGACAGCAGCGGCCUGGCAGACAUGAAUGCCACGGUGAGAAUAAUCGACCAGCUGACCAACAUUCUUGCCCCGAUGCUGGUGGGCCAGAUCAUGGCCUUCGGUUCCCAUUUCGUAGGCUGCGGUUUCAUCUCUGGCUGGAACCUUUUCUCCAUGUGUCUGGAGUACUUCCUCCUCUGGAAGGUCUACCGGAUGACUCCAGCGCUGGCUAUCAAGGCAGGCCAGAAGGAGACCGAUGACCAAGAGAUGAAGCAACUCAAUGUUCAGAGAGAACUGGAGAACGGUGAAGUUCCGGCUGAAGGUUCCCAGCUGAUGAAUGAGGCAGUCAUUGCAAAGCAAGAUACAGAGAAGAACUCAAGCUGCUGCUACCAGGUUACGCAGCCGCUACACACGCUGCGCAGUGGCUGGGUGGCCUACUACAAUCAGUCCAUCUUCCUGGCUGGUAUGGCCCUGGCCUUCCUCUAUAUGACCGUGCUGGGCUUCGACUGCAUCACCACAGGCUAUGCGUACACGCAGGGCCUGAACGGCUCCGUUCUCAGCCUGCUCAUGGGGGCCUCAGCCGUGUCUGGGAUUGCCGGGACGGUAGCCUUCACCUGGGUGAGGAAGAAGUGUGGCCUCAUCCGGACAGGUUUCAUGGCUGGAAUGGUGCAGCUCUCAUGCCUGAUGCUCUGCGUGGCGUCCGUCUUUGCCCCCGGCAGCCCACUCGACCUGAGCGUGUCACCCUUGCAGGCAAUGAUCAGCCAACUGCUGGGAGACAGUGCCGCCCUACCAGAGGCUCCCACCAUGACCAGCCUGGCCACCACGGCUGCCCAGGGCAUGCUCAACAUCUCCAGCAUGGAAACCGAGGAAGUUCCACAUAUCGAGUCCUACAUGUCCGUCAGUCUCCUUUUUGCUGGUGUUAUCGCUGCUAGAAUUGGUCUUUGGUCUUUCGACCUGACCGUGACCCAGCUCAUUCAAGAGAACGUGGCUGAAGCCGAACGAGGCGUCAUCAAUGGCGUCCAGAAUUCCAUGAACUACCUCCUCGACCUCCUGCACUUCAUCAUGGUCAUCCUGGCGCCUAACCCAGAGGCCUUCGGUCUCCUGGUUAUCCUCUCCGUCUCCUUCGUUGCCAUGGGACACAUGAUGUACUUCAGGUUCGCCUUCAAAACCCUCGGGAGCAGGCUCUUCCUCUGCUGCUCACCCGAGCAGAAAACAGACAGGGCCCCUCCCUCCUUUCCCCUGGCUGUGUAAGUCGUGGAAGAGACGGUACCCCUGUCGCUGCAGUGUGUGUAGCGAACUCGCAGUAACCAUGCCAGGGACCCAUAUUGUACUAACGAGCUUGCAGAGUUAGUGUAGCUACUCGUGUUUAACUUCAAGCUUCAAACCUGUAUAGAUAACCUUAGCCAUAAGCUGUAUUAGCCAAGCAGAGCACUCACUUGCUUUCUGCUUGAGCCCAACAAACUCAGCGUUUGGACACAGACCGAGCUGUAGGAAGAGCUUCCUCUUCUAUGUGCAUGUGCAUGCUUUCUGGCUUCAGGGUACUGCGUUAAAGGUGCAGAAUAAAGCACCCAAGGCAGGCAUGUCACUGCCUUCAGUCAAUAUCUAUUAGGUCUGGCUGCUGUACUAUGUUGCAUGCAACCCCUGUGAAUCUGCCUUCUCCACAGGGAUAUUUAUUCAACUUUUUGGCCUGCUUGUCUAGCUAUAGUUAAUGCAUGCUUAAAUUUGUAGUUUCAGUGUUGUUUAGCAGUGUAUUGUUACUUAAUGCCAGAUAGGUUCCAGCAUGGUUUUAUGUUGCUUUUUGCAGACCAGGGUGAAGUCUCUUAAAAACGUAAUAUGAUGCAUGGAAGUUACCUAUUCAGGAAUACAUAUUUCAUCUAUAGUCAAUAUUACGCAUGUGAGCUUUGGUGGUGCUAAAUGCAUUAUUGCAGAAGCUAUUUGUUUAUAUAUCAAUACUACAAAUAUAUAUCAGCAUGGGGAUGUGAGGGAAUAAGUACCAUUUUUUUGCCUUCCUACAUUCCAUAUUAUUGGUGUGAAGUGUAUGAUUCACAUUUUCUAUUGGUGUAGGCCCUGAUGCACAUAAAAUUUCUAAAACCCACAUGGCAACGUUAUCAGACACUGUGCUUUACAUUUUGUCAUUUGAUUUCAUUUUGAAUUUUUUUUUUUGUCCCCUCCAUUACACAUGCACUUUAAGUGAUUUACACUUUCUUAAAUGCAUAAGUACAAUGCAACUUCUUGUCCCUGACAUUUUUGCACAAAUUCCAACCAUCGCCUUGUCGCUUCACCGAUAGCAGAAAAUGUAGAAUUAACUCUAGGGGUGCUUCACCAGCGACACAACCACAGCAGUAAGGCCUCAGGUCUCAGGCUGCUCCACCCAGAGUUUCCACCUGCAUAUUCAGCAGACCUGUUGCUUCAGGCCAGCUUGAGUGUAAAGUAAACACCUUCACUUAUUUUAGCUGCCUCUUGGAACGACUUCUCACACCCAGCCAAACCAGAGAGCACACACCACCCCUCCGUUAAACAACCCCUGCUUUGGAAACUGAUUUUUGCGAGGCGGUUGGCAAGUUGUAUAAUACUGAGGUUAGAGAACCAUGUGGGUCGCCUAUAAGGAACAGGGAGGGCAUUUUUCAAGUCUCAGGGCAGAAUGCUGAAUCAGCUCUUUGGCUCACAGUUGGGGUGUUUUGUGAAGGGCAGCUGGUCUUUGCAUAGAAACGCAGGUGUCCCAACUCACUAUUGAUCUUCUGAAGUGAUGUUUGCUCCAAAAUGGAACCACAUUUUCUGCAGCAGGGCACAGAUCACUUUAGUCUUCCAAGAUAGUUUCAGGGGUAAUACACUAUUAGAAUCCUUUCCUUUACUCACGUGGCAAUUUACCAUACUGGUGAAUGUGAAAAUUAUGUGUGUGCAUCAUGGCAGUAUAUAGUAUUUUUGCCUUAUGUACAAAUCCUUUUUGUAUGUCUUAAUUUUUUUAUAUUCAUGUUUAAUGGUUGGCUCUUUGUUUUUCCUCCCAACUUUGUCAAGUGUUAUAAGAAACAUAUACCACUGGAAAAUGCUGUUAAAAAAAACAACAAAAACAAAAACAAACAAACACCCAACAUCUAGUUAAAUGUGAUAUACGCAAAAUGCAAACACAGUCUUGUGUUUUAUAUAGCUGAAAGUUAUUCAGCUACGCAACAUGUUCCAUGCUGUUACCGAUACUGGUCAACACUACCCUCUGAUGGAGAAAGAGAAAACAGCCUGGGACUUGUAGUGCCUGCCCUUGCUUUCAACUGAAAAUAAAAACACUUUGAUCCA